CCCGCCAGACGAAUUGGCGCGAAUCUGAAUCUCGUCUCUUCUAAUAUUUCUUCUGUUGGUAGAACUAGCCCUAGAUCUCUCUCCCGCCUUUUUUCUGUCACUGGAUUGCCCUGUUUCGCCUUCUGCUCGUUGAUCCCCUUCCUCCUCCGUCGUCUGUCAGCCUCGACGCCAGCGAUUGAAAGAGUCCGAUCACUGAAUCAUGCUGUCUUGAUGAAUUUAUUGCUACCAUUACUUAAUAACUAUUUUUCACGGCAGGAGAAGCAUUAUCUCUGUUCAGCGAGGGGAAGAAUUAUACUUAUCGAAUGGAAUUAAGAAGUUUCAGUCAUUUGCAUUAUAUCAAUGUCACUAAAGGUGGUGCGAUGUCAAAAGUUCUAAACGUCAACUCCCAUGGAAAGCCUGCAGUCGUAUUUAAGAAGCUUACUGACAUAUAUGAAUCUAUAGAUGACAAGACUCAAGAAUCACUUCCAAGACGAUGGUCGAGGGAAGGUUUGGAAGAAAAUAUUCCUGAUGAAUGUGAGUUUAAGGUGGAAACCCAAGUUCUUUACGCAGAAAGAAAACUAUUCAAUAAUGAGCCCGAAGUUUCUGAUUCUGACAGUAAGGGUGAUACCGAUGGGCAAAAGAGUGAUGUAGAAGUUGAUAGCAUGACUUUAAAGCAGAUAACAGAAGGCUGCAAGAAAAGAAAGUUGAGGCAGUCGAGAUCCGUUGACUCAAGUAAGGAAAAACUGAGGACAUGUUCCAGACGAGAACUAGAUCAUGCAUGCUUGUUAUCUGACGAGGAUGAUAGUGAUCUUAAUGUAGCUCUUAACAUCUGGAAAUCCAAACUUUCUAAACGUAGAAAAUUGAAAACCAAAUGUGACGAAAGCAGAAUAUCUACUAGUUCACAUUGCGGCCAAACAAUUGGAAAUUCUGACCCGAUCAACAGUGAUCAAGAUCUCCAUCCAUCUGGUUCAGAUCUACCCGUUCCAGUAGACAUUAAAGUUGAAACUCCUGAACCCGAUGUGUCAGAAAUCCAAAGCACAAACUAUAAAAUUGAUGAGUGGUCUCUAUUUUGUGAUGAAAAUAUAAACUCGUGUCUGAAACACGGGCCUAAUGGAGCUGAUGAAUCAAUUUUUUAUCCGAAGUUGACAACAUCUGAGAAAGAAGCUGAAUAUUGUGUUCUAAACAGUGCAUGUCAUGAAUAUUUGGAAGAUGAUGAACCCAAAACUCUUCAGAUGGUAGGGGAAUCUAGCAACGAGUGGAUGUAUGAAGAUAACCUGGAGGAGCAUAAACCCCAUUAUUCAGAUUUUCCUGCAUCAGAGAGCCUGGAGGGGCAAUGUACCCCAGGUUAUAUAUCCAAUUACAGCAUGUCAGAAGCCAUUUCCUCGACUAAGGAACAGCUCUCUGGCACUUAUAUUACAAACGAGGUCAUAUUUCAGAAUAAUAGUGAAGAUAUGUCUGAAGCAAUUGCCCCGACCGAGGAACAGUGCUGUGACACUUAUAUUUCACAAUGUAUACCCUUUACACACGAUGUCAUAUGUCUGAAUAAUCUGAAUAGCCUCAAAGUCCAAGAGACGAGUCCUGAAGCUGAAGUAUGUUUAACUGAGAUCAGUUAUAAAGACAAGUUGGCAUUUGUUCAUGAAAAAGGUACUCCAACAGAAUCUAACAGUAAUUGUAACUUGCGCCCUGAUCAUGGAAAAAGAAUUUCAACAAAUUCUAUCAGUGAUGGUAACUUGAGUCCUGAUCAGCAUUUGAUAUCUACUGGCGAAUGUCCAGCUACGGAGAGACAACCACAAAUGUCUAAUUAUUAUGAUUCAGAAAGGAAUACUCCACCAGAUUUUCAUCUUGAUGGUUCUUUGGACAAAUUUUAUCAAACUGAAGAACCUAAACGUCAUCCAACAAGGCUGCUGUUAAAGAGGACAUCCAUUUCUCCAACAUCUCAGAAAAGAUUGUCGAAGGGUAUGAGGUCUAUGCAGUUACAUGACAAAGAAUACAAAACAUGUAGUGGCAAACCAUAUUUCAACCAAAUCAAGUACAGGGAUGGCUCAGCUGAAGAGUGUGACCAGAUGAAGAUAGUGCAUUCGGAUACAUAUCAUAAGCAAAAGAUUAGGAAAUCAAAGAAGAGAAGUCUUCACUCAGCGAGCACCACUGUAGUUCCUCAAGCUAGCAUGAGAAGCACUGCUGUCCAAAAUUGUUCAGACAGUGCAAUUGCAUUCACACAAAGGCAGAUGCAGGACAUAGAAUGUCUUGCUCUGAAACUUACAAAUCAGUUAACGUCAAUGAAAGCAAUUGUUGACGACAGACUUCAUGUUGAAGGAAACCAAGCUACAAGUUUCAAGUUUAACACGGAUGAGGUGCGAACGGCCGUUGCAGACGCCACGAAAGCAGAAGCGCAAGCAAGAAAAUGGCUUUCCAUAAUGUCGAGGGACUGCAGCCGCUUUUGUAAAAUAAUGAAAACAACCGAGCAUGGUUCAAAUGUUUCUUCUCUAACUGCAAUCCAGAAGUUGAAGAGGAAGAUUACAUUUGCUGAUGAAGCUGGUGGAAAGCUUUGUGAAGUUAGGUUGAUCGAGGACGGCAUCAAUGGUAGGUUUGAAUGUUUAGAAAUGGUAUCAGAGUCAAACAUCAAAUUGAUGUGCGAGUGAGGACGAUGGACUCUCGAAAGGAGGUAAAUUGUGAGAUCCCGUAUUGAAGUGGUAGACCGGUUUUAAAACUUAUAGGAUUAC